AUGCGAAUCUCUGAAGCCGUGUUAAAGUGGUGCGGAAGCUAUGAUAAGGCCCGGAAGCGAAAGGGAAGUGGCUAUAACGAAGAUGAUGUUAUCCAAGAGGCCCACAAAAUCCAUGAGAACUCGUUCGGACAAUUCACCUUCUAUGAGGAAUGGAUCCAACUAAGGAAGUGUGACAAAUUCCGGUCUUUCUUGGACCAACAAACAUUCAAGCCAUCGGUGGGACGUCCACAUUCAACUCCACUAACGGAUGAGUCUGUAGGGAGCGGAAGUAGUGGGAAGAGGACACGGGAUGAGGGUGACAAUUCCUCACCUACCACACCAACCAGCGUGGGUAUCGGUGAUGAGAGAGUAGCUCGUGCUGAAGGUAUUAAAAAGGCUAAGUCGAGGUUGAAGGGUAAAGCUCCAUCAAGUCAAGCAUUUAAGGAAUUAGAAACAUUCAACACUCGAUUGCAGCUUUUUGGGGAGUCGAUGAAUGUGUCAAACGAAGCAGAAAUGAAGAGACUUGAAAUACAAGAGCGCAAGGAGGCAAGGAAACAACGGAAAAUUGAGCUAGAGCAAUAUAGGAUCAACUGGGAGCAACUAUCUCGUCUAGAACAGAAAGUAAACCGAGAACAAUGGGAAGACGAAAUGAUAGUAAUACUUCGGAACAAUAUUCAACGUUUCAAUAAUGAUGCUUAG